CGUGCAAACGUUGCUGUCCCGCCCGUCUCACCACCCUUGCCCUUCUCUUCUCUUCUCUUCUCUCUUUUCUUCUCUAUUUUCUUCUCUAUUUUCCUUUCGGUCUCUCUUUCUCCUUCCCUCCGUGCUGUUUUCUAUUAUUAUCACUUCCCGCUACUUCCUUCGUCCUAGUUACUUUUCCUCCCCUCCGUCCUCGUCAAACCGCCCGCUAUCGAGUACAAGAAUAGAUUCUGGGGUUUCCGAAGCACAGACCCAGGAUUGCUCCGCUGAUUUGGUGGUCUCAUCUUGUCUCAAUCAUGACCCCCUACUGGGGUAGUGCUACCCGGUGAUGAUUGCUUUGUAGUUCUGGCCGGUCCAUCUGCAACCUCAUCUGUGGCCUACCAGGUGUGAACAACGCAUCGCGAGACUUAGUUCCCUCCGCCAGGAAGCAUUGCCGCCAACCAACCCGUUGGGAGAAAAUCAAAGGGUGAGAAUUAAGAGAAUUGGGGGAAAAAAAGAAAAGAAGAAAAAAAAAGGAAAAAAAAAAAAUCUCCUCCCUCUCUCCUCCCAGGUCGGAGCACAAAUUUCCUCUUGACUACCUGCCUGAAGAAUGCAAGAUGUCCGGCAGCGAUGUCGAGCACGUUUCUUGCUUUCUCAAAGGCAACCCUCAUCAGCCCCGGCACCAAUCCUCUCCGACUCCUGACGACGAUUACUUUUACGACGCUCCAUCACAUACCGUAUCGCUUAUCGCGCCGGCUUCACCUCCCGUUCCUUCCCUAGCAAGUACCACCACAUACACCGAGCAGCCGCGUCUCACAAGCUCACAAGCCUUCCGCAUACCUACCGACCUAUCCUCGACCGACUACCCCGAAAGUUGCGGUCGAGAUUCCCCCGACCCUGACGACUUUUAUCGCCCGCAUCAGACUUCAUUGGCUGUGGAAGAUGGUGUUGGCGUUGACCCGGACGCUACCUUGAUGGUCGGAGUCAAGAACAACGACGCCGCAGAGAAACGUCCCGCGCUUUCUCAGCGUAUCUAUUCCUUACCAACCCACCCGCCAAACGUGACGUCUGCAAGCCGAGAGCCAUAUCGUUCAACGUCGGACUCGUCUUAUCGCGGGGUCGGAUUGAAUGCUACUAAGGGUCCUUCGGUGAGGGCAUCCACCGCAAGGUCAAGACAGACCUCUUUCAAGGAUCUGAUAAACAAGUUCAACAACAACGUCGAUCAAGUCUUGCCCGUUCCAACCGCAUCGACACCGAUAUCCCGUGAACCCUCGAGGGCCGCCAGCCCAGCCAGUCCGGUGGAUCCGUCUUUCCGACCCAAACCUUUAUCCUAUCGCCGUGGUACCUUCGAUUCCCUCCCAGACACGAACGAGUGCUCUCGAUUAAACUCGCCGUUGACCUCGGGUCAAGCUUCCUCCGACCUCAUUCCCCCUCCAUUGAGGAAAUACCCCGAGGGCCCUUCGUUGACGCCCUUGCAGCCGGCGGAGUCGCAGCCUCGGCGGCCUGUAUUUGGUGAAUUGCUCUCAGUCGACACGGGCUUCCGGGAUUCGGGAUAUGGACAACCGUCGCCUUUGCGACGUCGAGGUUCUGAAGGGAGCGUUCCGAGUCCAAACCCCGCGCUCCUCGACCAACUCGAGCCGCCGUUCAGCUUCUCGCCACUGACCCCGACUGCGUGGUAUUUGGGAAAGACGCCAUUUCUUGAGGCCGUGAACAACGGUGCUAACCCGAACAGUCACCGAAGGGUCAGGAGUGAUCUCUCUGGACACUGGCUCGGAGGUGCGCCCGCGCCCCCUUCUGAAUCCCACAUGGCGGUCUCGGGCCCCUUGCAGCCGCACCCUGAACCGCCGUUGGAAAGCCCACAUUCCAAAUCCCGCAUUCCUAUCUCGUCUCGCCGCCUGAAUUCGGCGUCGGGCUCGGAAGCUUCCUCGCCUACCGCCAGUCCAACUUUCGGCAACCGGUCUCCCGCUCAAAUUCCACUGCCUCCGAAAGGUGUUAGCCGUCUUCCCAAACCGGCGCUCAAAUCUGCUCGUGACAUUCCCGACGAUGGCCAAGCAGCGUUUGCGUUGUCACCACGGGCCAGGAGGGAAAUGGCCCACGGUCGGUCGCGUCAUCAACAUCCCGCGAAAGGCGCUCUUCUGGAGGCAUACAUAGCUGCUCCUCCCCCGAAGAAAUCGCCGCCGCUACGUAGCUCACGACCCCGUCAGCCCGUGUCGCAUGCGCCUCCCUCGUCACGAUCGAAGGUAGUGGAAACCGUGUCAAAUUUCCAAAAUCAAAUAAACCGCGACCGUGAUCCGCGAAACCUACGACAACGGAGGCUGCCGGAGCUGGGAAAUGUGGAUUUCGCGACUCGACGACACCGAAUCCAGCAGGCCUUUAAUCGCACGGUUCAGGAGAAUGAGCAGAAGGAGGAGAGGGCUGCCGAACUUCGCCGUCAAGUCAAAUCCCAGGACGACCGGACAGAGCGUCCACGGACCCCUACUACUUCGACCUCGUUUCUACAUGAGAAUCCGCAGCCGCAAACACCUCCACAGCCUGAUGACACUGCGACCGUGAUAGAUGAAUCGACGCAGACUUGCCAUGAGGAGGAGCAUCCGAUUUCUGGAACGGGGCCAGCGCGAGCGACCCCUCAACUCCAUGUUGAUACCGAUGUUGGCGUGCAGGUGAACCAGGGCGACAGUACUGAAGAUCAUCCGGUGACGAUGGAUUCCCCAACAUUGGGACAUGCGAUCAUCGCAAGCAAUGGGCAAGAUGCCGAUCCCAAACUAUCCGGCCUGCCGGCCUCUGCUGUCACGUCGACAUCGGACGAGACGCACGUUACUGCUUUUGACCCGGAGCCUCAGGCGGAACUUUCUCGACAGAAUCUUCACGCCUCGCACAGGACGCUUUUGAGUCAGAUCAUGCAGACCCGCGAGUCCAGUCCCAGUAGCUCCUCGUGCGACGAACCGGACCUCAGCUAUUCCGACAAUGAUGAUAAGGAGUCCAUACCGAUCAUGUUGCGGGAUGCCUUGGGUCUAGAGGACUCGAUGGACAGCAGCGAUAAUCAAGGGUCUUGCGACCUUUACAUGAAGCAAGACCCCACUGCCAGCGAGCCACCAAACAGGUGGAGCUUGAGUUCGUGGUCAUCCUCUCUUCAGAACCAACAUUCCACAGAUGAUCAAUGUGAGGGUAGUGGAGAUGACCUCUCCCACGCUCAACACUCGGCCGAUGAUUGCGAAAUAGCCACCACUCAGUCGUGCUCUGCCGCCUCCAGCACGCCCGCUUCUGUCGCCGGGGACCAUCAACUCCCAUUCUCAUCAUCAUCGAACCUGAUCAACAACACGGCGCCUCAAAUGAACCAUGAAGGCACACCGACCCGAAACGCUUAUAGAUAUUCCAAUGCGCCGAGUCUAGCAAGACUGGGUGGCUGGGACUCCAGGCGGGUUACUCAGCUUUACUUUGAAGAACUCGCGCGUGGCAGAGGCCAUAAUCUUCCCAUGCCGGCAGUCCGUGCUACGCCAGAACCCAGGCAGUCAGACAACAAGAGUGAUAGCUUGGGUGAUGAUGCGGUCGUGGUAUCCCGACCCGAGGACUUACCAUCGGAACGCAUAGGCCACAGUGCGAGCCUCGUAUUGCGGGACGAUUGGGAACAUGCAUCGCCGUCGAUCAUGGAUUGGAUGCAGAUCGCUGCCCACAACGAGUCCGGCCCGAAGGACCAGAUCGGCGAGAGUACCAAGUAUGAAGGUGAUCCUACUCCUCGCAUUGUAACCCCCAGCACCCAAGGGCCCCGUCCUGAGGAUGGCACCGAUGAAGGUCUUGGCCUAGCCAUCAACGUUCGAUCCUCUUUGGAACGCGAUUCCAGCCAAACAAAUCCUCCUGCACCGAACCAUGAACCUCCUCUGCCGCCUUCAUCUGUGGACGCAAAUGAAGACGGCACUGUGCCCCAGCAGGCUUCCACUUUCUCGCCCGGGAUGGUUUCCGCCAAAGCUUCCUUGAGUACUUUUGCGAGCGGCGCUUUCGCCCCACUGGGUCCGGUCCAGAGCAGCGGUAGCAGCGGUGAUUCAUCUCUUCGACGCGUUGAUCGUCCGCAUUCUCCCCAUGCUUUGGAUUCGUCGGCGACAUCUUUGGUUCCUUCUACUUCAGAACCGCCUCGUACAGAUAAUGCCUCUCCGUCCCCGGACCAACGGCGUCUCAAGAAACGAAAGCACGUCAUCAAGGAACUUGUUGACACUGAAUAUACAUUCGGAAGGGACAUGAAAGUUGUGGACGAUAUCUACAAAGGAACUUCGAGCUCAUGCCUGGAUCUCUCAUCAGAGGAUGUUAAGAUUCUUUUCGCAAAUUCCGACCAAGUUGUGCAAUUUUCCCAGGGUUUCCAAGAUGCACUGAAGGAAGCGGCCAAGAGUGUAUACAUCAUGCCCAAGUCCCAACGGUGGAGCAGCAAACGCAGUCGCAACCACCACGUUCCCCAAACGGACGCCGAUACCCCGACCGGGACUGGAAUAUCAGAGCUGGAGAAAGACACCGCUACUUUUAUCGGCCGGGCAUUCGUUACCAACAUGGCCUACAUGGAAAAGGUCUACGCGGAUUACCUGAGAAACCAUGAUGCCGCCAACAAGAAACUCCAAGCCCUGCAGCGGAAUCCCAAAGUAGCUAUCUGGCUCAAGGAAUGCCGGGAUUGGGCGUCAGACCUCACCACAGCGUGGGAUUUGGAUUCGCUCCUUGUAAAGCCUGUCCAGCGGAUCUUGAAAUAUCCUCUCCUAUUGAGUGAGCUCCUUGACUCGACACCCAGUGAUCAUCCAGAUCGUGCUUCACUUGUAACUGCCCUAGAGGAGGUCACUAAUAUAUCCGUCCGUAUCAACGAGAUGAAGAAGCGCGCAGACCUGGUCGGCCAGGUAGUUGCCCGGAAACGGAAAGAUUCUGAUGUCAGGACGGGCCUCUCGAAAGCUUUUGGGCGCCGCACGGAGAAGUUGAGACAGCAAGUGGGUCUUUCUGAGUUGGUCGAAGACAAGGAGUACGACAAACUUGCCCAGAGGUUUGGAGACAACUUUUUCCAGUUGCAAGUCGUCAUGCGAGAUGCCGAGAUGUAUACCCGCGAGGCCCAAGGAUCGAUUGACUGUCUCAACGAGUUCGUGAUGGCAAUUGAGGGGUUUAUCGACGUAUCCCAAACCAAUUACUCCGAGCUGGAGGGAAAAUGGCGUGAGCUCAAAGUCUGUGUUCAAGACAUCGUGACGACUGCGCUACCGGAACAUGUAAGUAGCAAGGGACUACAUCGUCUCUCUGAUUGUGUUUUGAGGACAAGUUUGCUGACUCGAGAUUUUUAGCUUGCGGUUGUCCGAAAGAGUGUCAUCGAGCCCAUGGUCACCUUAUUGAAAUUACACGAUGGACCGCAAAGGGUGAUGAAGAAACGCGACAAACGCCUGAUGGAUUAUGCUCGAUUCAAGAGCAUCACGGAGCGAGGUGAUAAGCCCGACAAAAAGACCGCGGAACAAGGAGAGCAAUAUGUUGCUCUCAACGAAACACUCAAGGACGAGCUUCCGAAACUAUACUCCCUCACCGCAAAAUUGAUGGAGGCCUGUUUGAAGAAUUUUGUCCAGAUACAAACAACUUGGUUCAAUCGUCUGCAGGAAAAGCUCGCUCCCCUUGUGGACGCAUUCCCGGAGGAUGUUCACAAACUCGUGGAUGACUGGUCGGCAAUAUUCAAUUUCUCCGAGGCACAGGUGUUAUCACUGGGUAUCUGCAAUGGGUCGUUGCUCGCCGAUGCGGUCAAUCUCGUCAAUUUCAAUACCCCCUCGACUGGGGCCACUAUUAGCUCCCCGCGACGCCCAUCCACUGUGAACAGCGUCAGCACCCGUGUCGGAUCUACUAUGGAGGAAGCAUCACCUAAGGCCUCCUAUGAUUUCAGCAGCGGGAUUCAUCCUUUCCAGUCUCCGAGCAUCGACAGUCAAUCACAGCUAUCUCACGGACGCCUGAGAGCUGAUUCGUCCUAUUCUGGUCGCGCUGCUCCGGAGGCACCGGAGAUCCCUCGAAGCCAAAUACUGCAGCAAAUCACAAGCGCAUCGUCCGGCUCCGCGCCUCCUCCCUCCGUCACUCAGACAGAGUCAUUUCCGAGUCUUCCUAGGCUGAGUCUUGAUUCUCCGUUCCUUGCCGAUAUCAUAGGCCCCUCGACUAGUUCGACCAAGCCAGAUGAAGACCAACCAACCUCUCCUGCCGGUCGGUACUCGGGCUUUUUCUCGUCAGCAAUGCCCAUGUCGGACAAUCCCCAAGACGAAAGUGCCCCAACCGAAGCCAGUGCUUCCAAAGAACCGACGGUGCUAUUCCUCGCGGCCAGUAUCUACGAGUUCAAUAUUGACCGAGCGCGACGGGAAGCUGGAUAUCCGUACCUCACCUACGUCGCCGGGGAAAUAUUCGAUGUCAUCGCCGAGAAGGGUGAAUUGUGGCUGGCUAAAAACCAGGACGACCCUACUCAUCAGGUUGGCUGGAUCUGGAACAAACAUUUCGCCAAACUUUCAGGCUAAUAUCUACGAUGCCACGAUGCUUCGCGUUACAUGUUUUCAUAUCAAUGUACAUGUUCCGGAUCGGACUUUUGUUCGGUUUAUUGGCUCUUCCUUGGGUGAGCUCCAUCUAAUAAGUCAACCAAAACCGAAAUCAUUUCGUUGCUAUGUCGUCUGACAAACACGUCUGACUUGCCUUGUUCUCCGGGCGCUCCUUUUCUUUUUUCUUUUUCUGUCUCUUCUUUUUCUUGACCAGUCUUUCUUUCUGCCUUUGAUACCCAGCGUGAUACUAGCCUAGCCCUAUGGCUUUCUCCUCUUACCGAGGCGUUUACCUUGAUAUGCUCUCCUUUGAAUAACUUGCCCCCUUUUUCUUCUUCUAUUUCCUCCACCUUCAUCUUCCGGUUACUUGUCCAGAAUACAUUUGGGGAGUCUUUGUCAGGGCAUUGAAGAAUUGUGCAAAAUGUGUCUUGCGUGGGAUUAUCUAUCUCUGGCAUAUGUGGAAGGAGAAGAAGUGUGGAUAUAUGUACAUUUAGAUACCCCUUGAGUCAAACCAUGACAUCAAUUAAUGCAGUAGAAGCGACUUCAUC